CAUGAUAACCACGUGGUGUAUGAGAUGCUGAUGCAACGCGUUUGUAGGUACCACGCCAACCUUUUAGGUUAUGGACGACUUCUCAAAAAGGUUUAUUUCAAUAUCCGGGCAUUUACAGGGGACUCUUCAAGACAAUUUGAUGUCGAACACAUUCGUAACAUUGGCAUUUCGGCUCAUAUCGACUCAGGCAAGACUACAUUAACCGAGCGUGUGCUUUUCUACACUGGCCGAAUACAAGCAAUGCACGAGGUUAGAGGUAAAGACCAAGUAGGAGCAACCAUGGACUCAAUGGAGUUGGAACGACAACGAGGGAUUACUAUUCAGUCUGCCGCUACGUAUACCACUUGGAAAGAGCACAACAUCAACAUAAUUGACACUCCGGGUCACGUGGACUUUACCAUUGAGGUGGAACGUGCACUGAGAGUGUUAGAUGGUGCCGUUCUGGUACUGUGUGGAGUGGGUGGUGUGCAGAGUCAAACUCUGACUGUUAAUCGACAAAUGAGCAGAUAUCGAGUCCCUUUUGUAGCAUUUGUAAACAAGCUCGACAGAGAUGGUGCCAAUCCGUUAAGAGUUAUUUCCCAAUUGAGGUCUAAGCUUCAUCACAAUGCGUCGUUGUUGCAGCUGCCGAUCGGUUUGGGAAGUGAUUUUAGUGGGAUUGUGGAUGUUAUAGAGAACAAGGCGUUUUAUUAUGAAUCACAAUCGGGAGAAAUUAUUAGAGAAAGCCCGGUCCCCGACAACAUGAUAGACAAAGUGCACAAAUGCAAGCAAGAGUUAAUAGAAACAGUAGCAAACGUCGACGAUCAACUUGGUGAGAUAUUUGUUGAGGAGAAGCAACCGACUAACAAACAACUACAUGCGGCAAUACGGAGAGCUACAAUCAGUCGAUCGUUUGUACCUGUUUUAAUGGGAUCGGCACUGAAGAACAAAGGAGUUCAGACUCUGUUAGAUGGUGUCGUUUCCUAUCUGCCUAAUCCAACGGAGGUCCAGAACUUUGGUUUAGACGCCAACCAUAAUGAAGACAAAAUCCUAUUGGACAGUUCAAGAAACACCAACAACCAAUUCGUUGGGCUAGCAUUCAAGCUAGAGGCUGGCCGGUUUGGUCAACUCACUUAUGUUCGGGUCUAUCAAGGCUGCAUGAAGAAGGGAAACUUUAUUGUGAAUACACGCACAUCCAAGAAGGUUAAAGUAUCUCGUUUGGUGCGCAUGCAUGCAGACGAAAUGGAGGAUGUGGAUGAAGUUGAUGCGGGUGACAUUUGUGCUCUCUUUGGCAUCGAGUGCAACUCAGGAGAUACGUUUGUGAUGGGAAGUGAGACAAAUCUUGUCAUGGAAUCGAUUCAUGUACCAGAACCUGUUAUAUCACUAGCAAUUAAACCAGAAAAUAGAAAUGAUGAUAAUUUCUCAAAAGCUCUCAACAGGUUCCAACGGGAAGAUCCUACCUUUAGGGUUAUGUAUGAUCCCGAAAGUCGAGAGACUAUAAUAUCCGGUAUGGGUGAACUCCAUCUUGACAUUUAUGCUGAGCGCAUGCGUCGCGAGUUCGGUUGCUCUGUAACAACCGGGAAACCAAAAGUGGCAUUCAGAGAGACAACAAUUCAACCAGCAGAGUUCGAUUAUUUGCACAAAAAGCAAAGUGGUGGUUCUGGUCAGUUUGGGCGAGUAAUCGGAGAGAUAGUGCCACUUUCUGAACAGGAACAGACACACCUUGAAUUUGUUGAUGAGACGGUCGGCAUGAAUAUCCCAAGGAACUUUAUUCCAGCAAUUGAAAAAGGUUUUCGAGAAGCUUGCGAACAAGGCAUGUUAACCGGCCACAAGAUGAUCGGCCUGAAGUUCAUCUUGAAAGACGGCGCCGCACACAGUGUAGACUCAAGCGAGUUGGCAUUCAAACUUGCUGCCCGAGGAGCAAUGAGACAAGCUAUUGUACGAGCUUCACCUGUUGUGCUCGAGCCAAUCAUGUCUGUCGAAGUGAGCGCACCAGUUGAGUUUCAGGGCAGUGUUAUUGCAAGCAUCAACCGUCGACGUGGAGUCUUGACCGGAACAGAUGCAGCCGAGGGCUAUUUUUCACUCUAUGCUGAGGUUCCUCUCAACGACAUGUUUGGAUACGCAACCGAGCUGCGUUCAAGCACACAGGGAAAGGGCGAAUUCACGAUGGAAUACGCAAAGUACCAGCAAGUGCUACCACAACUGCAAGCUCAAAUGAUCAAAGACUACGAAAGACAACGAGCGAAGACAAAAUAGGACGUAGACACAAAAACCUUCAACAUUCAAAUACAUCACGUAUAUCACUAUUCCAUUUGUGGCUUGUGUGUGCCAUCCGACUCUACAAGAUGCAAACAGCAGUUGCACUAAUCAA